UUAUUUUGAAGUCUGACAAGUACUCCGGUGUGCGGCGGUGUGGAGCUGGGCGCUUGACAGACUUCUCCAGCAACGAUUUGUGAUCAAAGGCGAGUGAGGUGGAGGCUGACCCGUGGGCGGUCACACUGCGCAAUACCAUAGGGCAAAGUUUGCCUGCUCUGAUCUGCCGCUUGUGACUCGGAGGACUGCUGUGUGCGGCAUGAACCAGGGCUGAGCGCAGGCUCGGGUGGUGCGUAUGUCCAAUAUUAUCUUUAAUGAAUGCUGCCGUGUAACCGCCGCGUUUCAGAACGUACUCUCUGGCGCGGGCCUCUGCCUGUCCACUGCACCGAUCCUAGCCAUGGGUGGGAGUCUGGGUUGCCACCGCUCCAUCCCCAAAGACCCCACUGAUUUCAGCUGCGGCAAGCGCAAAUUCAGCGCCGCCUGCAAUUUCAGCCACAUUUUGGUGAAUCAAGAGCGGCUGAACAUUAACAUCGCCACCGAGGAGGAGCUCAUGACUCUGCCGGGAGUUAAUCGCACAGUUGCGCGGAAUAUCGUGCAGUACCGGGACUGUAUCGGUGGCUUUAAAAAGGUGGAGGACCUGGCGCUGGUAAGCGGGGUCGGGGCCACCAAGCUGGAGGUGAUCAAACUGGAAAUCUGCGUUUCUAGCAGGACCAGUUCUUCCCAACACUCUCCGUCGUCACUGCGCAAAGACUUGGACUGUCAGUUCUACACCGGGAUGAACAUCAACACCGCCACCCCGGCGCAGCUCAUGAGCAUUCGCGGUAUCACGGAAACUAUUGCAAAGAACGUGGUUUCGUAUCGCGCGGAGCACGGCCCAUUUAAAAGCAUCGAGGACCUGGUAAAGGUGAAGCACAUCAACAGCUCGCUGCUCGACAAAAUCCGGUUCCAAGUUUUCGUGGAGCGCUCCCGGGCACCCUCCACCAACACGAACGCAGGGCUCCCCGGCACCACCAAGUGUCACCCAAGCCCCUCUUCCUUUAGUCUGGGCAGCGACGACUUGGACCUCCCACCUGGAGGCCCGACCCAGAUCGUCUCUGUGCGGCCGAAGGUGGAUCGCCCGCUGGGGCUCCGGGACGGGAAGUCCGUAGUGCGCGUGGCCACCUGGAGCCUGCAGGGCUGCUCGUGCGACAAGGCUAACAACCCGGGGGUCAGGGAGGUGGUGUGUAUGACCCUGCUCGAGAAUGAUAUCAAGUUACUGGCAGUGCAAGACCUGCUGGAGCACGAGGCUAUUGAUAAGUUCUGUGCAGAAUUAAAUCAAGGAACACUUGCCAGUUUACAGAAGUGGAAAUGGCCACGAGGGCUGUGGAAAAGUGUUGUGUCGGAAAAACCCACCGGCCAUUCCAGCAAGGGAGUGAGCUACUCUGGCUUUUUGUGGGAUAGCUCCUCAGGAAUUGAUCUGAAGGAUGCCCUUGUCUUGGAGUCUCCUGCUGUCAAUGGAAAUGGGAGUCAUGUACACCAUCCACUCUAUGUGGCUCACUUUUUAAUUGGUUCAUUGGAGCUGACGGUGGUGAAUGUCCAUAUGCAAGCCCCUGCUUCACCAGAGCAGUCCGGUGGCAAAAACCAAAACUCUGAUGAAGCCAAGUGUCAACGCCUCCCUCCCAGCAUCCAGGGAACACUAAAAGGUGAAAAGGAUCUACUAGUGUUGGGCAAUUUUGGUUGCUCUCCUCAGAGCUCAGAGCUGGACACACUGAGAAAGGAGAAAUUCUGUGCCCUGAUACCAUCCACUCAGUUCACCAACAUCACCACCUGCUCACCACAGGGCACCCGCUGCGUGGACAACAUCUGGGUCAGCCGUUCUCUGCAGAAGAUAUAUUCAGGCCACUGCAUGGUAGUUCGGGAAGGCUUAACUAACCCCUGGAUCCCAGAUAACUGGUCGUGGGGCGGUGUGGCCUCUGAUCACUGCCCUGUGUUUGCAGAGUUUUAUGCAGACCUACCUCCUAAGGAGCUGAGCGGACCUGGUAUGGCAGUGGUGGACAGGGGAGACAUUCUGCCCAAACAUGAGCGGUGACAUCGGCUGCAGCAAAGACAGAACUGAAUGACAUGAAGUUUUUAACCUAUCAGGAUUCUGCUUUAUCUCGGUUUGCUGUGGCGCAGUUUCCUACAGAAUGUGAACAAGUGCCAAGAUUGCCUUUUGGGUUUCAGGUUAUCAAUGGAAAAUGGUAAAUGAGAAAUAUUCAAGCCAUAACAAAUGUUUAGACAAAAAUAUGAUGUAUUUUAAAAGAAAUGUGCCAAA